CAGCUGUUUCCCAGCCUCUAUGAGCUGGGCCACGUACUGGCCAAUGACGGGCCUGUGCGGCAGAGGCUGGAAUCAGUAGCAAGUGAGGUGUCCAAAGCUGUGGACAAGGAGCUGCAGGUGAUUCUGGAGUCCAUGGUCAGCCUGACACAGGAGUUAUGCCCUGUGGCCAUGCGGGUGGCCGAGGGGCACAACAAGAUGCUGAGCAAUGUGGCGGAGCGUGUCACAGUGCCCCGGAACUUCAUCCGAGGGGCACUGCUGGAGCAAGCAGGACAGGACAUUCAGAACAAGCUGGAUGAAGUAAAGCUCUCAGUCGUCACCUACCUAACCAACUCCAUAGUGGAUGAGAUCCUGCAAGAGCUCUACCAUUCCCACAAGAGCCUGGCCCGGCACCUGACCCAGCUAAGGACGCUGUCAGAUCCACCAGGGUGCCCAGGCCAAGGGCAGGAUCUGUCCUCCCGAGGCCGAGGCCGGAACCGUGAUCACGAGGAGACCACAGAUGAUGAACUUGGGACCAACAUUGACACCAUGGCCAUCAAAAAGCAGAAACGCUGCCGCAAGAUCCGGCCGGUGUCUGCCUUCAUCAGCGGGAGCCCUCAGGACAUGGAAAGCCAACUGGGGAACCUGGGAAUCCCCCCUGGCUGGUUCUCAGGACUCGGGGGCAGCCAGCCCACAGCUACUGGCUCCUGGGAAGGUCUAUCUGAGCUGCCCACUCAUGGUUACAAACUAAGGCAUCAAACACAAGGAAGGCCCCGCCCCCCCAGGACCACACCUCCAGGACCUGGUCGGCCCAGUAUGCCAGCACCUGGGACUCGUCAAGAGAAUGGGAUGGCCACCCGCCUGGAUGAGGGGCUGGAGGACUUCUUCAGCCGAAGGGUCAUGGAGGAAAGUUCCAGCUACCCCCGGACUCUGAGGACUGUGCGGCCAGGACUCUCAGAGCCACCGCUGCCUCCACUCCAGAAGAAAAGGCGCCGGGGCCUGUUUCACUUUCGCCGGCCCCGGAGCUUCAAGGGGGACAGGGGGCCGGGGUCCCCCACCACUGGACUCCUCCUCCCUCCACCCCCACCCCCUCCCCCGACUCAGGAGAGCCCUCCUAGCCCAGACCCCCCAAGCCUCGGCAAUAACUCCUCUCCCUGCUGGAGCCCAGAGGAGGAGAGCGGCCUCCUGCCUGGAUUUGGUGGGGGCCGGGGGCCUUCCUUCUGCAGGAAGAUGGGCACAGAGGUGUCAGAGCCAGGGGAUGGGGGUCCAGCCCCCGGGACGGCACAGCAGCCAAGGGUUCACGGUGUUGCCCUUCCUGGGUUGGAAAGAGCUAAGGGUUGGAGCUUCGAUGGGAAACGAGAGGGCCCAGGCCCAGACCAGGAGGGCAGCACCCAGGCCUGGCAGAAACGGCGCUCUUCGGAUGAUGCAGGGCCUGGAUCCUGGAAGCCGCCACCACCACCCCAAAGCACCAAACCAAGCUUCAGUGCCAUGCGCCGAGCAGAGGCCACGUGGCACAUAGCUGAAGAGAGUGCCCCCAACCACAGCUGCCAGAGUCCCAGCCCAGCCUCCCAAGAUGGGGAAGAGGAGAAGGAGGGGACCCUCUUCCCAGAGAGGACACUUCCAGCUAGGAAUGCCAAGCUACAGGACCCCACUCUAGCUCCACGGCCUCCCAAGCCAGUGGCUGUGCCCAGGGGCCGCCGGCCUCCCCAGGAGCCAGGGGUCAGGGAGGAGGCUGAGGCCAGGGAUGCAACUCCAGGAGUCAACAAACCCCAGCUGAGUCUGGGAUCACAGCAAGACCAAGAGGAGCCCGAAGUCCAAGGGCCCCCUGAUCCAGGCCGGCGGACUGCCCCGCUGAAACCCAAGAGGACACGGCGGGCACAGUCCUGUGACAAGCUGGAGCCUGAUAGAAGACGGUCUCCUGACCCCACAGGAACCAGUGAGCCAGGAACAGACUGACAACUGCCACAACACCCUCCUCAGCCCUCGACAUGUGCCUCACAAGGACUCAGACCCCUAUCCACCCCCAGUCCCCCAGGGCCUCCUGCCAGCUCCUGUCCUACAGGGGCAAGAUGGCAGGACCAGGCAUGGGGGAGCUGGAGACAGGGACUAGAAGAGAGGGAGCCACCUGGAGAGACGGAGGCUGUCAGUGCCUGCCUCGAUGCCUCUCUCUGCAGAGAGCUUCUGGGUGGGGGCUUGUCUCCUCCCCCAGGAGGGUGGAUCUCUGUCCCUCUAUCCCCAGGGACUCUCUCCCCACUUGUAUAGAAUAAAAAAACAAAAUCACUGCC